AGACAGCGAUGACGUAGAUACAUCACGUUAGUCCGAUUUUUGUGUUUCUAAAUCGUGUAGUCACUGUGGGAAACGAACAGUCAUUGAUAAUAACCAAGAAGCAGUGGAUAUUGGAAGUUUUAGGGUGUAGGGACAUACCAAAAAAGCGUCAAUAUGUCUAUUAUGUCAUAUAAUGGAGGGGCUGUCAUGGCCAUGCGAGGGAAGAACUGCGUGGCGAUAGCAGCAGAUCGGAGAUUUGGCAUCCAGGCUCAGAUGGUCACCACAGAUUUCCAGAAGGUCUUCCCCAUGGGAGAGAGGCUGUUUAUCGGCUUGGCUGGGCUUGCUACUGAUGUUCAGACAGUAGCCCAGAGGCUCAAAUUCAGACUGAACCUGUAUGAGCUGAAGGAGGGUCGUCAGAUCAAGCCCAAGACCUUCAUGAGCAUGGUGUCCAACCUGCUGUAUGAAAGGAGGUUCGGGCCAUACUACAUUGAGCCUGUUAUCGCAGGACUAGAUCCCAAAACCUUCGAGCCCUUCAUCUGCUCCUUGGAUUUGAUCGGCUGCCCAAUGGUGACAGAAGACUUUGUCGUGAGCGGCACUUGCUCAGAGCAGAUGUACGGCAUGUGUGAAUCUUUGUGGGAGCCUGACAUGGAACCAGAGGACCUGUUUGAGACCAUCUCCCAGGCUAUGCUGAAUGCAGUUGACAGAGAUGCAGUGUCUGGUAUGGGAGUGGUUGUACAUGUCAUUGAGAAAGACAAGAUCACCACACGAACCCUGAAGGCCAGGAUGGAUUAGAGCUUCGGUUUCCCCCCACACUUCACCAACACAGAUGUUUUGUAUAAAAUAAUCAACAAUACUUGUACCGUCUUUUUUUCUUAUUCAAUAAAUACACAGGUUAUAACCCUGA